GCAGACAUGCAGGUUUACUGCUUGUUUCUGCUCCCCAUGGCCGUUCUCCUGCCCCCUGGGACUUGGGCUGGACAGAUCAUCGGGGGCCAGGAAGCCGAGCCCCACUCCAGGCCCUACAUGGCCUACUUGUAUAUACAACAUGGACAGAAGUGGUCUAAGUGUGCUGGGUUCCUGGUGAAGCCAAACAUUGUGCUGACGGCCGCUCACUGCCAGGGAGAAAAAAUCAAUGUCGUCCUGGGAGCCCACAACAUCAGCCAAUGGGAACCGAGCCAGCAAGUGAUCCAAGUGCAACGGCAGAUCCCCCACCCUCAGUACGAUGAUAAAACUAAAAAUAACGACAUCAUGAUACUGCAGGGUGACUCCGGGGGCCCCCUCGUGUGUGGGAAAAAAGCCCAGGGCAUCGUCUCCGGGGGUUCCAAAACUGGGACUCCGCCCGCCAUGUACACAAGAGUCUCCGCCUUCAUGCCCUGGAUCCAGAAGACGAUGAAGAAUCUGCAGUCCUGAGCCCCACCAGAAAGCACCGAACAGUCAGAAAUUGCAUCACUUCUGUGUCUUGGCUUGGCCCACAUUUCAGACCUGCUUUUCUAGGGAUGGCUGGGUCCCCUCCCUCAGCCAAGGCUCUCUGCUCAGGUAGCACCGAGGCCCUGAGC